AUGCAGACUGUCAUGGUGGAAAAAUCUCAUGCGUCACUCAUAAGACAGCUCUUCGGAUAUAUCGUUCAACUUGUGGCGGAGUUGUUGCACGAUUACAUGAGUGGACUGGGUUACGGAAGCGAGGGCAUUGAAAUGGUCAACGAAGCAUCGCGGGUCCAUGAGGAGGCCUCCUUGAUCUCCACUGUACUGGCUAAACUUUUCGAUGGGAAUCCCUGGAAUAUUGCGAGACAAGAAGGCUUUGCGAGCACAUUCACACCAAUCCAUGAAGGUGGCUUUCUUCACACCUGCUCUCUCCAGUGCUUGUUCGACGCGACAAACAAAGAGAUGAUUACGGAUAGGGGGGAUGUCGUCAGACGACUCCCAAUCGUUGUAGCUUUCGAGUGCUUCACGGAUCGGAAGGUUGGCGAUGGCGGUGAGGUCAUCUGUUCGAUCAAUUGCUUCCGGAUGCGAAGGAUCUCUCAACACACCCAAAAACUGCUCAUAUCGAAGGAGCAGGGCCAUAACCGACAGUUCCCUUACUUUUGGACUCCAGCGCCCAUCGGCAUCAUCCUCGAACAAAAUAUUGGUGAAACGGCGGAGUUUGUCCCGUUCUGCAAUUAA